CCUUUCAGCACGAAUCACUUUUCCACUUACAGUUACAGUUACAGUUACAGACUGACCUUCCAAACUCCGGCGACCGGCGGCAAUGGCGAACAAUAACCCUCCCUUGCGAAUAUUCAACCACCAGCUCCCCUACCCCACCUACAACACCUACACAGUCUAUUUCUACGAAGAUUCCGUCCACACAACUCUCACAAACAAUCGCAGAAUCGUCACCGAAUGGAUAACCAACGUCGAGAGAAGCUACGAAAGCCGCCGCCGCCGCCGCAGCGUCGUCGGACUGGAAAUGGAGUGGCGUCAUUCGUACAUCAGCGAGCAUAAUCCGGUGGCGACGGUGCAGCUCUGCAUCGGCCAGCGUUGCCUGAUUUUCCAGCUCCUCCACUGUUCUUUGAUUCCUAACAUUUUCUGGAACUUUCUAGUAAACCCUAACUACAAGUUCGUGGGGAUCGGAAUCAGGAGCAAUUUGGAGAAGCUGGAGUACGAUUACGAUGUGGAGCUGAACGUGAAUUCGGUGGAUCUGAGGCAUCUGGCGGCGAUAGAGUGCGAAAUGAACGAUUUGAGGUUCGCCGGAAUGACGACGCUGGCGAGAGUAGUGCUGUCGAAGGAGGUGAACAGGCCGCGGCGCGUGACGAUGAGUCGCUGGGAUAGCGAGUCGCUGACGCCAUUGCAGGUGCAGUUCGCGUGCAUCAGUGCCUACGUGUCGGCCAAGAUCGGACUGGCCUUGAAUGCUGAUACUUGAUCAUCGAUUUGAUCGAUCUCCAUUACUGAUUGCUCUUCUCCUUCGUUCUCGAUCGAUCGGGUACGUAUGUGAAAUUGAUCUUACUGUUGUGCUAAUCUUGAUUUUGAUUUGGUAUAUAGAUUGCUUUUGAAUUGUUGAAAUGCUUAUUUUGGUGUUUCUAGAUGAUUCUGGAAUAUUCUGGAAUAUAUGUUUUGUUAGUUUGUGCAAUUUUUGGUGUCAAUUGUUGUGCUGAAUGUGUUUUUGG